AGUUGGGUUAGGCGAAUGAGUCAGAGGUGUAUGAAUGGUAUUAAACACCAAAUAAUUAUAAAAUAAAUUUACCAGUCGACAGUAUUACGUCUGCGAAACUAUUCUUAAUCAAAGUACAAAUAUACAUAUCAGUUAACUCUGUAAACAACGAAACUUUGUGUACAUAGUGUUCAAGCAAAAAGUGCCUGUGAUAAGUUUUCCUAGUGAUUAUGGCUAAUAAAGACGAUUAUUUGACUUACUACCGCGAGUUUUUCGAAAGUUUUGCUCAAACGGUCAAUCCCAACGAUCAACUACCUGUUAAAUUAGGAAGCUACAAGUUGAUUAAUUUAGAAGUCAUCGGUGGAGUCAUCGAUUGGACGACCCAAUAUUUAACCCAAAAAAAAUGCCCCCAAAGUUUGAUCGCCCCCUUGAUCCAAAUCGUCAUCGACGAAACUCGCAAAUCGUGCAAGAAACAGCCAACGGCAUGCGGCUUCAACCCGUCUGAUAAUGCUUACGAACCCUUGAAGCUGAUGCAGACAGUAAUGGCAAAAACGAACGAGAUUUGUCUGAGAUAUUUGGAUAAUAGUAUGCUUUGUUCCUUGCCACCCCCUGGCCAACCCCACAACAUUGUAAGUGUGUGUGCAGCGAAGAAUAAAAGACGACGGAUGGAAGAUAGACAUGUUGUAGUACACGAUUUAAACACCAUGUUCAAUUUACAGGAAGCUAGUCCGUCCAGUUAUUAUGCAAUAUUCGACGGCCAUGCUGGUCAUGAUGCCGCGGCCUACAGUUCAGCUCAUCUGCACCAAUUUCUAGCCGAAAGCAAGCAUUUUGUUGCUAAUCCAGAGCAAGCUUUAAUCGAUGCCUUUUGCAAAACCGAUACUUUAUUUAUCGAUAAAUGUAACGUUGAGAGAUUCAAUAGUGGAACCACAGCAGUUUGUGCGUUACUUCGACCGAAAGAAAAAACGUUGUAUAUAGCGUGGGUGGGGGAUUCCCAGGCCCUUUUAGUUAAUCAAGGACGGGUGUUGCAAUGUGUCAAUCCACAUAAACCUUGCCGGAGUGAUGAAAGGGAAAGGAUUGAGAAGGAGGGAGGGUUCGUUUGCUACUGGGGGACUUGGAGGGUUAAUGGACAGUUGGCAGUUUCCAGAGCAAUAGGUGAUGCAGAGUACAAACCAUACGUAAUAGCAGUGCCUGAUAUCCGCGAAAUACCUCUCGAUGGCGGCGAAGACUUCCUAAUCUUGGCCUGCGACGGUCUCUGGGACUAUUUAUCCGAGGACGACGCCGCAAGAACCGUAUACGAAAUGGUGUGUAACAAUCCAGACAAGACCGAUCUCAUAAGCGAGCGCCUGGUCCAGCUGUCAAAAGAUCGAGGAUCUGCCGAUAAUAUCUCUGUGAUAGUAGUAUUCCUUCGCGAACCAUCAAAAAUCGCGGCGGAAGCCCAUUGGGCAAACCGCAACGCUUCUUCCAUCACAAUGGACACGAGCCUCGACAAUGCCAACAACCCGUUCGCCAAUUCGAACGGCGCCGAUACCAACAUAAUGGGUCAAAAAACCGACGGUUUACUCUUAAACCUGGCCGAAAACUUUAAACACAACGGUGCCGAUGUCUCACCCUCUGGCGAUUUCUACCACAAUUCGGAGAAAUCCAACGGCAAAAGAUCGGCGUCGGAAUUCGACGAUGAUGACGAUUUGGGACCUGAAACCGACGUGGACGCCGUCGACGAUGUGCUAUCGCCGUCGAUAGCGGCGGCCAAGGCUUUAGCCGAAGGCCUUGUCAAUAAUAAUCCAGACGGAAGCUUCAAUCCGUUUGUGGAGAAACACGAAGUCGAGAAGGCAGCCCUCGAGAUAGAUCUCGACCUCCAGAAGCAGCAGAGUAGCGAGUUUGAUGGACAGAGGUCACCCAGGGAGGAAACGCCUACUCCACCCGCAGAUGCUGUUCAUGAUGGUGGGUUAGAGGAGAACGUAGGCGACAGUGGCGAGGAAUCCGAAGACGAGUGGAACUACAUCAAAGGAGAAGAAGCCAACAAAGAGAACAUCAGUCCGUCGCAGCCGGACUGCGAGGUUGCGCAAAUUCUGGAAGAUCCAGACAACAUGUCUCAAUUAAACCCGAAUGCGGCCGAAUUCGUGCCCGUCUCGCCGACCCGAAGCAUUCCUUCGCCUGCGUGCAGAGCUUUGAUAAACGAUCCCGUCAUUGCCCAAUCGCCGAAAAGACCGAGCGAAAUUGAUAUCAGUUUGCCCAAUCCGCAAGAGUUUGAAAACGAAGUUAAAUCUCGACCGAGCGAUUUCGAUUCGUUCAGUAACGGUCACGAUCAUGAAGACGAACAGAAACCGUCUUCGCAAGAUUUAAUUGAGAAUAUCCUAAACGGGAAAAACAUCGACGAAAUACCGGAAUUUCAACCCGGAAAUACUCCUACGAAAAUGGCCAGCGCUCUGGGCGAUGAGUUUCAUUUCGGGCCGAAUGCUGCACCUUUCACGCCAAAAAUGAUGGACCAAUCGGAGGCGGGAUUGUCUACCAAAGCCGUCUUCGGGGAUGAGUCCAACCUGGAUACGAGUAUGGAUACCUCGCAGGAUAUCACCGAUUUUAAGAAGGAAGACGAUCCAAUGUCGAUGUCGUUUUAUCAGGAUAAAACCAGCGCUGACUCGGAUCCCUUCGACUUGAACAAAGUUCAACUACUCCCAGAAAAUUUAGAUGAGUUUUUGAACAAAUCCGAGGAGACACUUUCCAACGACCCAACCAAAGAUUUAAUUUCCAACGAUGUGGUUCUCGAUAACGACGAAAGGAUUCAAACUACAGAUCUUGAUAACGAGAAAGAGUUGGCAUCUCCCGUAUCAAACGAUGACGAUUCAAGUGGGGUUUGUGAAUUAUCUAAAUCACCUCAACCUCAAACUGACGAUUUGAUCGAGUGCAACUUUGCCAAAGAUACGCUUCCGGACGUGUGUUUGCAACCGGAGCCGAAGCCACAAGAAGACUUACUCAAAAUUGAAUCCCCGGAACCUCCUGCAUUGUCACCACAACCUCAAGCUAUGUCUCCUUCACCCCUAUCAGUGUCUCCUCAACCUCCAGUCUUGUCCCCGGAACCCGAACUUUUACCGAAAAGUUCAGAACCGGAAUUUUUAUCAAAAAGUCCCGAACCGGAAUUUUUGCCAAAAAGUCCCGAACAGGAAUUUUUGCCAAAAAGUCCCGAACCGGAACAAUCGGUUGAUGUCAUGUUCGCACCCGUGGAAGUGGAAGAAAAGAAGGAAGUUUCAGUCGAGUCUCCUUUCGAAGAUAUCACAUCAUCGGUUAAGGAUAUUUCGUCACCGGUGACAUCACCGGUCCCAGAUCAGGUUAUAACCGAACCGAUCGAGUUGAAUUUUGCCCAAGAAGUUAAUAGCGCUGUUCAGGAGAUUGUACCACCUGUCGAGGAUUCGUCACCGAUCAGAGAACCGACUUUAGUACCCGACAUCGCGCUAUCCACUCCUAAAUCAGUGACAGAUACCGAAUCUGUGGCCACAGCUGAUGUUAAUUCGUUCCUCGAAAGGUCAGAAAUAGUCGAUCUCACGUCACCAUUGCAAAGUCCCGGUGAUCACACUCUUGUAUUCCAAGACCCCACCUGCGUUUACCCCCAACCGACCGAAAUUAAGACUGAAACUAUCACUCCCGAAUUUGCCCAAUCGGCUGUUAUUUCACCCACUGAAUCGAAAGAAUCGCCCCAGGAAACCGUCAAAGAACCGGAAGUCGUCCCCGAAGUGGCUGCUCCAGCCCCUGAAAAGAAACUUAAAGCUAAAGCACCAACGGCGACCAAGAAAUCCACACCUGCGAAACCUUCUACAGCGUCACCGGCGAAAGCCAAACCGACAACAACUCCAAAAACGAAACCAUUAACCUCGGCGAGAGCUGCAGCUCCAAAACCAUCCACUGGGGCUGUACCUAAACAAACGGUUGCGAAAGCGGCGGCUCCCAAGCCCAAACCUGCUGCAACGAAAACCACAGAGAAGAAACCGUUGACUAACGGCGAAGCUAAACCACCGGUUAGGUCGAAUUUAACCGCACGAAAAUCAGUCGAUUCACCCAAACCGGCGGUUAAAGCGAGUACUACGACUAAACCUGCGGCUCCAAGGCCCCCAAUGGUGUCCUCUACGAGGACUACCACAACAACAAGGACAUCUGCAACAGCGCCUAAACCAAGGCCUAAUACUUUGGUUAAGACUAGUACUACUACGAAGACGACAGUUUCGACGACUGCUUCCAAGUUGAAUACGUCGAAAACGACAUCGUCGCCAACUAAAACUGCUUCGCCACCGAAACCAAGGCCGACUACAGCUCCGGCCAAACCUAGGGUGCCUCUAAGCAAAACUGUGACGAAAACGGCCGAUAAGGAUAAGGAAAGUAAAGAUAGUGCGAAUAAAUUGACAGCUUCGCGUACUGUUAUGAGAGCUGCAUCAGCAAGGACUACAACCGGGACGGUGCGAAAAACCGAGUCGAAGACAACUGGAACGGCAACUCGAACGACCGUAACGAAAACGACCACAUCCAGCACGACGCGGCCUGGCGCCGCCGCUGGCAAGAAACCCCUCGAAAUUACCCGCACCGUAAGCAAGACUAAGACUACGAAGAUCGAAAAGCCCGUUCAGAAUGGCGUAACAACUGUAGUAACCGAACAGAUAACACUAGUAAAUAACGCCGUAAACGAUAGUGAUUCACAAUUAAUGAAAGAUAAUUCGCCCAUUGAUAAUAAAUUAAUUGUUGACACUAACGCUGCAGACUGAACGAUUUCAUACUAACGAUUUCUAUUACCUACUUAGCAUUAUACAUCUAAUAUGAAUAACUGGUACUUUAAAAUAAAUUUUAUAACUUACGCCCAUAUUAAAAAAACUGAAUGUAUAGAGCUGUGGUAAUUUAGUAUUGAGUUUCUAUGUGGUGUGGAUAUAAAGAAAGACUUCCAUAUGUAAGAUUUAAUAAUAAUUUAUAAUGACCUACUUGAAACAAGAAAAAAAACUUUAAAACGGUUGACUUUGUAUACGCGUCAAUCGAGAAAAUUUUUGUAUGUAUUUACCUUUAAGUUCGCUUUUUAUUGCUUAGGUGUGUCGCCGUGAUUGCUAAUGCACUUUUUUUGUAAAUAUAUUUAAAAAGUUACUAUGGUAAAAUUUUAUAAUCAGGUGCUUUUAGGUCUAGAUAAGGCCGUUUCGAUGAUGCAAGACGCAGUUCAUCGAAUUCUGCCUUCUCUGAAAUUAAAUUUGUUGAUCGAUACUUAGCGACAUUUAUUAAUUAGCAUAAUACUGCUUUUAAUACGGUCUUUACUUGUAAUUUUUUAUUCAACCACCUAAUUUUAGUAACGGACUACUUAUUUUUACUUUCAUAAUUUUUGUUUUAAUAUUGAAAUUUUAUCAUCGUUUUCCUUUAUUUUUUCUUGUAUUAUUAUUUAUUGUGUACUUGUAUUAUGAGCACAAAUUAAACAAAAAACUAAA